AAAUUCUAUAAAAAGAAACCUUUACUCACACUUAUCUACUACUAUACCACCACUAUCCUAAAUCAUUCCAUUGCACCACCCUUUUCAUCACUCCUCUUAAAGUUGAUAUAAGCUACCUUGUAUUCAAUAUAUUAAGAGUUAGUAAUACAAUUUGGAUUUGUGGGUAGCUUUUAGUCUUUUAGAUCUUAUUUGUGUAUACUAUCUCAAGAAAAGUUUGUUAUUUUACAUCAAACAAUGUCCAUCAAAAUUCCACCUACAUCUCAACCCAAGGAACCGUUCCGUCACAAGAACAGUUCAGGAGAGCUCGAUGUGUUUGAGGCGGCUCGUUAUUUUUCAGGUGCCAUUGAAAACAUUAAUGGCACCUGUAAAAAUGUCAUUGGCGAAGCUAGGGUUAUCGGAAACAAUACACAAAAGUUUUGCAUAAGGCCUAUGGGAAGAAUGAGUCUUGACAUGCCAAAAAAUGUAGAGAAUUCCAUUCCUUUGCAAGCCAUGUUGAUGGAUAAUUCCAUGAUGGUCAACAAUGAGAAGAAGUCCAAGCAUCCAAGCUCACCUGGAGGGAAAUUGGCCCAUUUCUUGAAUUCUCUCUUUAACCAAACGUCUUCAAAGAAGUCAAAGUCUAAGUCAAAUACAAAGUCAACCAAGGAUGAAGAUGAGAGUCCUGGUGGUUGGAGAAGGAAGAGAAGGAGUAGCAUUAGUCAUUUCACGAGUGGAAACAGUAAUUCUAGCAUCAUCACCACCACUACCAUCACGAGUGAUUCAAAAUCUUUGCUUUCAACCUCAAGAAGUUCAGGCUUUAGAACACCACCUCCUUAUCAUAUGGUACACACACCCACAAAAACCACCAGAAGCUAUUCAGAUCUCAAGCACCCUCCAAGUCAAAUUACGAAAAUGCCCAUCCAUGCCACCCUCAACAAGAUCGAAAAUUUCAGCAUUAAGAGUGAUCUUUCUGAAAAAAAGAUGAGUUUUGGAACCAGGUUUGUGGAAAACGUAAAGACUUUUGAGGAAAAACAAGAAGAACAUAAUGCUCAUAAGUAUGUUUCAAGAGAGGAUAUCAAAGAAUUCAAGAGGUUUAGUGAUGAAGACGGAGGAGAUAGUGAUUCAAGCUCUGAUCUUUUUGAGUUAACAAAUUGUGAUUUGGGUUAUUAUCCAAGUGGUUUACCUGUCUAUGAAUCCACCCGUAUCGAUACCAUAAAGAGAGGAGUACCAAUCUCGAGCUAAGUGUGUGAUAUCAGGUUCAAAUUCAGACUUAUGUUUCCCAACAAAGCCUUAGUUAUAUAUUCGUAUCAUAUAUGUAUUUACGUGUAGAGUUUUUUAUUGUCCAUAUUUAAUGAUUCAAUUACUAUUGUUCUA